AUGGCCGCAAAUCAAAGAAUUAUUAUUGCUACGUUGCUCAUGUGCCUUGCCUUCAAUGAAGCCUUAUGCCAGCAAACCAACGGAAAUGACAGCUCCUCCGAAAUCGCUGAAGGACGCACAUUUAACCAUCAUUUCCUUAAACGUUUAAGUUUCGCCGUUAUUCCUGGAGCAUUUGUCGUUGGUGUCAUCACAACACUCUUAGCUGCUCUUACAGUCGUUUCGAUGAAAGGCUUGGGCGUGGGUAUUAUACUACUCGUACUUGCCAUUGGACAAAUGCUCUCCCGUGCUCUGCCACAAGUAACUGCUGCUGCUACUUAUGCCGCGCCUGCACCAGUACCAAUUGUCUACUCCCAUUCUCAUAGCCAACAGCCCGUUUGGUUGGAAAAAGAGUGGAAAUAAAUAGUCACCAGGAUUUAACUAGACUGACAGAAAAAUUGGAUUCGA